UUCCGGCGGAACUUUUGUGCUGCGUUUUUUGUUUCCGGCGGACAUAGUGCUGCCGGACCCGUCCCCCUGGUGUCGCCACGCGUUCUGCUUCAUGUGACAGGACACUGUGCAGACUAGUCCCGUUCGCCGGUUACCAUGGGGAAGAAACGCAAGAGUUCGGUAGCGGAGGGGGAUUCCGUAAUGGAAGGGAAGAAAGCAAAAUCUAUGGCGGUGGAGUUCACUGGCACUCACUUGAAAUCCCUACUAAAGGAACCACAAACUGCACUGAAAGGUUUGGAGCAGUUCAUAACCUUGGCCCGGAAACUCCCUUCUUCUGACCUCUAUGAUGUGGUGGAAGGAUACAUCAAGAUUUCUGUAGAAUGCGUUGAAAUUGUCAAGUUGUUAGAAGGAGAAAAGCGCCCAGAGAGUGAGAUGAUGUUAAUUUUUCAAGCCUUGGAAGCCAUUUUGCUGAGAACUGCCAGUGACCUCUCACAUUUAAACCUUGCCGGAGCCAACAUUGUAAAGAAAAUGAUUAACACGCACAUGAAAUUAAUCUAUGCGUCUGUUUACUCGGAAACCCACAGAAUGUCCAGGAUUUGCUUGAAUUUAUUGUCUGCCAUGGUGACACAGGGACCUGAUUGUGCCAGAGAAGUGUUCAGCCAUUUUGAUUUUCAUAAUAAAUUCCUGCCGAAUUUGUUAAAAAGGAGAGACAAACAGGGAAGGCCGGAUGUCCGAAUGGCGUACAUUCAGUUUGCAAUGUCUUUCUUAAUUUCUGGGGACAAUCCAACCAUCAUACAGAUCAUAGAACUGAAUGACUUUGUUGGAGAGAUUUUCACUGGCAUAAAGGAAGAUCGUAUUUCUACCAUCAAUCUCCUUCUUUCACUGCUGAAAACCAAGGUUGUUCACAAUAAAGCAAUAACGAAGACCCAGAAAGUGCGCUUUUUCACCUUCACCUUGUUAAAUCACGUUGCAUCGCUCUAUCGCUGGAAUGGGAUUGUAGAUGUGAGCACGGAGGACAUCAAGGAUAUUAAGGAUCCCAAGGAAGCAGCAAAAUUCAUGAUACGGGAAUUGGUCCAUAACUUCCUGAAGGAUCUCUGCUGCUCUCUGAAGCAUGGCAUUAACUUCUAUGAUCCAAGUCUUGGGACGGCUGGAAGAGCAGGGAACCUAGUGCUUCUGCGAUUCCUGGUGGCCCUCAAAACAGCAACUGAGGAUGAAUUAAUUGGGGACCUGGUAGUGAACAUACUGAAGGUGUGCCCUGACAUACUGAGCAGAUACUUCAAAGAAACGCAAUACUCUUUUGUUCCACGAGUCAAGACGGCUUGGCUGGAUAAUAUCAAACUGCUCAAGAAGAUCUAUGAAGCUCAGCCAGUAAUCUCUCCUGCUUUCAGAACGACUGAAUUUGUUCCUUUGCCAAGGCUCUUGUCUAUGCUGAUGAUCACCACAGUGGCUCCAGUGUGUAACAAGGCAAUGUUCACCCAGGGACUGAAUCUGCCUAAUAAAAUAGUAAAACACACCAUCCUGUCCCUCGUGUGUUCAAUCCUGAGGAGAGCAGAGCUCAACAUCAGCCACUGCCUGCGGGAGGAUAUAUGGCAGAAGUCAGAAAUCUACACUCCGGCAACCAUGUCUGAGUUUGCGCAGAAAUAUAGAGAGGCACUAAGCAAGCUGCUCCCGGAUAUAAAUACUGUUGUAGCAACCUGGCAGUCUCUUUCAAAGGGAGAGGGUACGGAAACAGAGGGUGCGAGUGGAAAUAGCACCACCCCAGAAGAAGAAUUACCUCCAGCAUUCCAGGAAUUACCUGGAACGCAGGAAGAGCACGGUUUGGAAGAUGUUCAAACCACCCUUCUGAAAGCCUCUCUGCUUCAGGUCGUUUGCCUCUAUCAGAAGGUGGUACCGCACUUGGUGGCGCAGAGUAAUUUUGAUUUCAGUAAACUUCUUAAAGGUAUUGUGACCGAAAAAGGUGUGAGAGAGGAGGUGCCGCCUGUCUUACAGUCUCAGAUUCUUCAGGUGGCGUUGGUACUGCCUGCUAACAAGUUUUCUUGGUUCAAAGUCCAGGAGACUCCUGAUGCUAGCGGGGAAAAAUCUGUCUUUUAUCUGCUUCUCAAGAUGUUUGCAACAUGCGUCAAGCCACAGCUCAAGAAUUCUACACGACUAUUGAUAAUUAAGGUUCUCCGUGACAGUGGAGUGUUCGAAUACACGUGGAAUGAGCUGGAUCUCUGGCUGAGAAACCUGGAUAAAGUUACAGAAGACUCUAAGGAGGCAGUGAUACAAUUUUUAGAACAGGUUUUGGUUAAACUGGUGUCCAACCCGUAUCCAUACACAGAUAAAGCAGCAGAAUCUGUUCAGGAAGCUAGCAUGCUGCAGAACAGCUUGAGCAAGCAGGAUUCCGACACAGUCAGCAUCCCCAUCUCACACAUUGAUGAUGUGAUGGAUAUGGUGGAUGUCAUUGUCGAGGGGAGCGAAGGCCUGGAUGAUGAAAUCGGUGUCACAUUGGACAAUGAUUUAAUUCUUCAGACAUUUCCAUUUAGUGCAGCUGUGCCGGUGGCCCUGGAGAUACGCAGUCGGCUUCUUUCAUCAGAGGAGAGUGAAAAUGGCUGUGUGCAGCAAUACCUGGUGUCAGUGCUUACAGACAUACUGCACUCCCAGAGAGACCCCCUGGCACUCUGUUUGUUACUCCAAAACUAUGACAAGGAAUUAAAAAGCCUGGGCACAUGCAGCAGCCACUAUUCCUUGCUUGGAAAUUUCCACAAAUACUACAGUCUCUGGAUACCUUCACCCUCCAAGGAAGCACUGUUCCAAGGGCACAGCAGUCCCCAGACAGACAUCGGCCUACAGGAUGACGGUGCAUAUUCCUCAUUGCUGAAGAAGAUAUUUGUGAGCAGUUGUGCUCCAGAGGGUAAUACUGAGGAGCUGCUAAAAGAAGCUGUUGGCAGCCUUACUAUAGAGCAGAUACCCGUGACCGUGAAACAUACACUGCUCUGCCUCCGAUCUACAAUGGACAACUUCAGCCAGUUUAAAAAAUCAAUCGGUGCCUCCCGACUGGGACUUUUCCUGGAUUUAUUAAACUGCCUCCUGUGCAGAGCAAAUACAGUCCGAGUCAUCGACCAGGGAGUAGCUGAGGAAUCACAGAAGGAGUCAGAGCUUUUCAUAGACACCGAUUCCACUUCCGUCCUGGAGUCUUCAGUGAACAUGGUCCUGGAAGAUAUCCUCACUGUGAUCUUCAGACAUCCUUCUUUGGAGAAUUGGUUCCUGGCUCUGGAACGCCAGUCAGUGCCUCCUCAUUCUUUAAACCCUGUUGGUGUAAAACAGCUCUCCUCUCAUCUAAACCAGGGAGUAACGCAGCUACUGAAAUCCAGUGCUCCAUUACUCCAGGAAAUCGGUAGUCUUCAUUUGGUAUCCAAGUACUUUGAAGCCAUUUCGGAGAGCAUCUUGAAAGAACUAAAUUUGCUCAGUAAGACCACCAAUAAAAAGUCACAGGCUCUAGAAGCCUUGGAAAGCUUGUAUUUGUACAUGGAUACAGCUGAACUUAAUGAAAUCAUUCUUGCUAUCUUAAAGCUCCCAGAAGAAUUACUUCUUGUGCAGAAUGUCCAGGAUGAGACGGGAAAACAAUUAAGUUUCUAUGGGAAAGUCCUGCUGCAGCUGCUUACUGCAUGCCACCAAAGAAAGCAGCCAGAGCAGAAUUUGGCCUCAGUGGUGGCUCAUGUGAGAGGAGUGAGUAACCUCUUGCCAUCAUCAGAUGAAGAGGAACUGGAAGCUGUGCUGUAUGACUCCUUGCAGGCCCACACAGAGUUUGCCCAUGUAGUGGGAGUUGAAAUCCUGACCUACUGCCUCAACAAGGUGUCUGAAAUCAGUCUCUGCAUUGCCGCAUUGCUAAUUCAACACAGCACAACGCAUCUGCUGCAUUUUGAGGUAUGGUGUUUAAAUCCCGGAAAGGAAAAGCAUCUGAGGAAAAAUUCUGAAGCCUACCUACCGCUAAUCAGUGGCUAUAUGAAGAGCAGAGGCCGUUUUCAUUUUGCACGACCAUCUAAAAUUUCCUCUGCUGUUCUUUGUGUCCUGAAAGAAGCAUUCUGGAGCAAACUGCUAAAGGUGGCCUUGAGCUCAGAUACGGUUGAAGGUGCUGAUGAGCAAAUAAACGUUCUUUCCAAGCUUAUGGAAACAGCUGAUAUCAGUGACUUGCAAAAAUUUAUUGAUCAGCUCCCUGAGAUCCUGGCCCAGUCCUACAGCCAAGCAAAAUGGGAUUUGGUUGAUGCUGUAACGCAAGCUGCAGAGACUUCUGGGAUGGAGAUCAGCUCUUGGAUGAGAGCCUUAAUGGCAGCUUGUAUGAAGUGCUUGACUGCCACUUACAGUGCCAACAAAGAAUGUGAGAAAGCCAAAGAGGAAGCAGAGAAAGCCAUGCUUUUGCAUUUCAAGAAACUCUUGCCUUUUGUCAGAGAGGAUGUGCCAGCUGAAUGGAAUGGAUUUGUGAAAACUGGACUUAAGCAUCGGUACAAGGACUGGGAGUUCCUGGAUGCACUAAACGCUGCUAUUGGUCAGUGGUAUGAAUCGGACAUUCCAUCUUCGCAGGGAUUAGUGCCACUUCCUACCGUCCAUAUGAUGCUUACACAACACUCCCUUUUUCUGCCAACCCUGCUGAGCUCUCAACAGGAGGGAUCUGCUACCAGUCAUCUGCAAGAGGUGUUGGUGGAUAUACUGAAAACCAUAGUUAAGAAGUGCCCAUCUGUUUGCGAUGGCAAUCAUUUUGCUAUUUUACUCGGUGCUUACGGAGCCACCCUGAGCAACACAGACCAAAAAAUACUCCGCCUCCUGCAAGCCUAUGAAAUGAAUAAUCACAGCUUAACAGAGUUCAGGCUGCUAUUGUGGGGACCGGCUGCUGUUGAGCAUCACAAAACCCGCAAGACUCUAGGAAAAUCGCUUUGGCAGCAGCCCAGCAUGGAUGAGAUUCUCAGUCUUCUGGAUCGGGAGAAAAUGAUGGAAACCAUCCUUCAUUUUCCGCAGCACCGCAAGUUAAUCGCCGAGGGAGAAAAAGAGCAUUUGUAUGAAGACUCUGGAAUAAAAGAGCUGGAUAAGCUUUAUGAUCCCUGUUUCCUGCUGCCACUUUUCAGCGAGUUGGUUAGACCAGAAUUGGUGGUGGACUGUGUGAAGUUUGUGGAUGCAAAUGCACUGGGAUUAACAAUGGUGGCCCUCAGUAGUUACGACUAUAACAUGCGAGCAGCUGCCAAUUACGUCCUAGGCUGUUUCCUCUCCCACAUGGAAGGGGCACGAUUCCGAGACAAGAGACAGCUGCAGUAUCUGAUGGACAUUGUGAAGAAUGGCAUCCGACAGCCAAACCAGCGGCUCACUUUCCUGCUGCCUCUGUACGUUGCUAAGGCAUCGCAACAAAUUCUUAAACCAGAAGAGCAUAUUUACAUAAAGAUGUCCAAAUUCCUUUUGUCACAUCAGUACCUGGAUAUGAAAAAGGUUCCAGAUUUCUACAAGCUUUUUUACAGCUUUGACUUCGAGCACAAAGUGGAGCGGGAGUGGAUUCUGGAACUUCUGAGGGAUGGAAUAAGGGACAAGUAUUGCUAUGAGCUUUGUGAUAAUCAGAGGAUCUUUCACGUCAUUAUGGCCUAUUAUAACAGUCCCUUGUCUGAUGAAAUCUCUCAGAAUCUGGUGCUUGAGAUACUGAAAAAUGCUUCACACGUCACAAAAGCUGCUUAUCAGCUCAUCCGAGACCACAGCCUCUUAACCUGGAUUAUUCAUAUUUUAGAGAAAAGAUACCUCGAAAACAAGUUGUUGGAGAAUCUCAUCUCACUGCUUCAUAAUUUAUGGCUGACAAACCUGGGAAAAAGAGUUAGCAGCAUGGCAAGCGGAGCACAGGACAAAGAUGAGCUGGUAAAGGAACAGAAGUUGCUGCCGCUUCACCUGGUCAGUGAGUUUGUCAGCGUGCUUGUGGCAAUGAUCAGGCACAUACGGUCCAAUUUAGAUUUCAUCCACAUUACCCAGUUUUUCAGCACUCUCAGUUCUGUUCUGAGAUAUCGUUCCAUGGUGCUGGAUGCCUUCAAGGAAAUGGGGCGGUUUGCUGUUAAUGAGCUCCUGUUUUCCAGCCUGGAUGCCCUGCUCAUCUUGCACAAGUGGAGCACAAUAGAGAAAGACUUGGAUCUGCAGGAAAGUCUGAGUUCUUUAGCUCAGAAACACAAGAUCAAAGAACUGCUAAGCACUAUCAAAGAAAAGUACAAGCCACAGGUUCCCCAUAAGCUGAGAAAGCAAGUGGAAGCCGCAGUUCAAUCACAUGAAGAGGCCCCUCAGGAAUUAUCUGUUGUAAAGGCCACUAGAAACCAUGUCAAAUCUGUACUAAUCCACUGGGAACCUGUAUUCUUGACCUUGUCAUUAAGACUGGAAAAGGAACAAGGGGAAGCUGCAACUGAUCAAUGUGAAACCCAAGAUAAAAGCAGUGAUACAGACAGCUUUGAGAGUGCUGCAGCUUGUCUUAUAGCCAAGUGGAUAUUAAGGACUGAGAGUGGCGAUAGCCCAACCCCAGAGAAUAUAUAUACAUCUCUUCAGUGGUUUCAGACAAGUAUACUGCCCCAUGGGCCUGUGGUGGAGGAGCUUCUGGAAGACCGGGUGCUGAGAAGCUCACUGUAUAAACUUUACAGCACAGUUUGCAGUGACAUGAAACCCACCACCUCCAGCCCUGACCUGCUGCCAUUGUUCAACACUGUUAUGGUGCAGCUCACAAAGACUCCGAAAUCCGCUGCUAAUCUCUGCCUUGAUGCCCUGAAAGCAGUCUCUCUGUCUUCAGAUGAAGAGGACUCCGUGCAGAAAGCUAUGUGCAAUUUCCUCACGUCCCUGUACAUCCAAGAUAUGUGGCUGGGAGCAGACGAUCUGGACAUGUUCCGAUCUCACGUGAAAGCUGUGUGUCAGGCCGUUGACUUGGAAUUUCCAACUGCCAAGGAAAAGACCCCAAAGCGAAAGAAGAAGGAAACACAGGAACCAAUCAUCUCCUUUUGCAAAGACUUAUCAAAAACAUUACUAUAAUACUGUCUUCCACGGCUCAGCCUGGACUGAUGUAUCCUUCAGAUCUGCUGGAGAUCCGGCCGUUUUGUACUGAGAACAAAAUCAGAACUAGGCUACUGGCUCUUAAUAAACUGAGGAAACAAACAGAAAGAAGGAGAACUGACCUCAUUUUUGAGCCUCCGGAGCAGAGAAUAGAUUUAUCAACUUUAGCAUCAUAAAAUAAGAGAAUGAGAAGUGCCUUAGUAGUGAGCUUCAAGAACAAGGAACCUCCUACCCUGUGUAGAGCUGGAAGUCUGUCUAUCUUAGUGCUACAUCUGUAUAGCAAACAAGACUCUUCACAGGCACUUCCUUCUGAUCAGCCCACAGAUAAAGCCUUUAAGGGUCACAGGUGUAAUUUACAACACACAGGGUCCUUGGUUUUAUGAUUGAGGUUUUUUGGGGAACUCAUGGUUAUGAAAGGCAGCUGAUUUUACAUUCUUCAUUUUAGAACAUCAAUGAAAUCGCCUUGUAUCCUGUUAUUUACUGUUUUGCAAACAAUGAAACCAUGUUGUAUUUUGUAA